AUGGCGGGCCUUCCCCCUGGCUGGGAAUGGGACUAUGAUGGCUCCCGUUGGUUCUACCGCUACAAGCCCAACGGCCACGUCCAAUUCCACUUCCCGAAAGAGGGCGACGAGUUCCCAGAUUUCGUCGACUGCUUUUCACCAGCGCCCGAGCUUGCCCCCGAAGAGAAACUUGAGAGCCAGCAACAGCUCAAAAGACGAACCACGGCCGAUGCUGAUCCUGCAUUCAAGAUGCGCGCUACCGGCGGACCCAUGACCGAGUUUGGUAUGAGUCGAAGUGGUUUCGGAGGGCCUAUGGUCAAUGACGAUGACGACAGCGACGGCUUCUUCUUCCAGCCCGAGAACUUCAUGUAUCUCGGUCCGGGUGCCUAUGACGAUAUCAGUCCGGAAGCCGGCGAGGACGAGCGAGAGGAGGUAUUGGGCAAGGCGGACAUUGGUGAAGGCGGCGGAGGCAGCAAUAAAAAGGGGCACACAAUGCUCGAUGUUGCCAGUGUGAAGUCGGGGGUAUCACCUUUACAAAGCGAGAACAAUACUCCCUCCAUCGUCAACAGUGUUCCUGUGCGAGGUGCUGAAGGUGGAUCAGAGGUACCGGCAGAGAUGGUCCCCGCGGAACAGCCUUUCAGUAUCAACCCAAUUGGCGGUCCCGACCCCAAUCAGGACGUACCGACUUCUCCUGGUGUUCCUCUCCUCGACUCAGUUGAAAAGCCCCGGCAAGGAUCCUCAGCGAACUUCCAGCGACCGCCGUGGGACCCGGUGGGAAUCAUGGCCGAGAUGGCAACGGAGCACACAGCGCCGGCUCACAUCGAGACCCAUCCAGAUCCGGUAGAGAUGGCCGACACCGCCGUAUUGGCGCCUAUCGAAACGAACUUUGCCGACCUGGGCAUUGCCGAAUUACCAGAGCGGACAAGUCCGGCGGAAGCAAGGCCGCCGCCAGCCCUGUCUGCUCACGACCUGCUGCACCGGACGGAUAUGAGCGACGAAGCGCUUUAUGGCGCUACCUUUGGGACUGGAUCUAGGCCUCAGAAUUCGUCACCUUCUCGAAAAUCUCAGCUAUCCCAGGGACCUCGACCUCGACCCGAAACGGCUGCUGGGAUCUCGACCCCUGACCACUCUCUGCCAGAGGUGGUGUCUCAGCCGGCGCCGCAGCCAACGCAAAGCCCCUCGUCAAACACUAGCGGAAGUGGUCUCUUCAACAUCAAAAGAAAACCUUCGAAGUCGGCUGGCAAGCAGACUCAGUACCAACCCUAUGUGCCUGGGGCAGCCAGUAACAUAUCUUCGGAGCAGUCAAGCACGACUGACUACAAGCGCCGAGAGCAUCGAAACUCGCUGGCAAGGGAUGGGUCGUUGAUGAUGGGACCACGAUCCAAAUUUGAUCAAACAAGUAUGCCGUCUAUUCUCAAGCCUCCUCAGCUACCGCCCAAAGUUCCUCUCGCCGGGACCUCUGCAACAUUUUCCGUCGGUGCUAAAGCCGGCAAGAGGGCAGCCUCAAAACCGAGCUCAGGAGCACUCACCUCCGCACUCAGCAUCUGA